GUGCAAGACUAAGUCGGGCGGUCGAACUCAUUCAGAAAACUGCUCAUAACAUCUCACAAACUACUUGUGUGAAAUGGAGAUUAAGGACAAGUGAGGAUAAACAUUUCAUAAAAUUUAUUGGCAAUGACGAUGGAUGCUGGUCGUUUGUUGGAAAUAUAAGCGAUGAAGGUGGGCAAAUUCUUUCCCUUAGUGAAGGAUGUUUAGAUGAAUAUGCCGUAUUACAUGAAAUGCACCAUGCAAUGGGCGGUCUUCAUGAACAACAGAGAAACAAAAGAAGGGAUUUUUUGAAAAUCAACUGGGAAAAUAUCGAACCUGAAAAUAAUGAUCAGUUUAGUCUCGAUCAACAUACCAAAAACAGAGAAGUUUAUGACUACAUGUCAAUUUUACAAUAUCACCUUACGGCAUUUUCAACAAAUAAUAAGAAUACAAUGACAAUACCUGAUAAGGACCUAGAGUAUCUUAUUUCAAAUCCCAAGUACAUGUUCUCCUUCUAUGAUAUGGCAGAGGUUAACAAGGCGUAUAAAUGUCCAACAGCUAGCUGUAGUGUAACCUGUAAGAAUGACGGGUUUAGAAUGCAGGCAGUAGAUCAGCAGACUUGCCAUUGUCAUUGUCCUUCUGGGUUAAAGGGCACAACUUGUGAAGAGUUGGACACUGACGUCGGUUGUGGGGAAACCAUUACGCUUUUUAAUGGCGAAUCACGUGACAUUAAUAUGACAUCUUACAGUUCUGGAAAAAUGUGUACAUGGCUGGUGAAGGCUGAAUCUGAUUCGGUAAUCAAAGCUAUCGUCACAUCCAUUGAUCUUCCCUUUAGCGUUAGAAAGGAGUGCUACCACUGGUUGGAAAUCCGUGAUUACCUCAUUGGAGAUCCUGGAAAAGAACUGUGUGGGAAAUCUACAACUCCAAUAACAUAUACCCAAGUGAAUAUUGGCGAGGCUUCGCCUUUCAUGAUCCGAUUCAACAGUAAGAACAACCACUUACCAGGGACCGGUUUCACAAUUAGAAUGGAGGUCUUCCAAUCAGGUUGUAUGAGUUCUCCUUGCAAGACGGGGUCAACAUGCGCAGAAGGAGGCAACGGUGGAUCAUACACAUGUACAUGCAAAAACGGACUGUCAGGAGAAAACUGUAAUGAAUUUGGAGCACUGUCAGAGAAUUUCUGCAAGUUUGAAGAUGAUUUUGGGACAUGUUUAUUUGACCAAGAUAAAUCGGGGGAUAUUUUAUGGAGCUUCAAUACGAGAAUUUGUGAAAGUGAAGAUGGACCAUGUAUAACACACGGUAAUGACUACCAGUUUCUAACCAUGACUCCAUUCUACGACGAUGUUCCAUACACCGCCGAAUCAAAAGCCAUUAUAAAAACAAGAGCUCAAAUUGCAGCCAAUGACCGAUGUCUAUCUUUCGACUAUGCUAUUGGCGAACUUCCAUCAGGCGAAGCUCCAGCAGAAAUAACCGUAUAUAUAGAUGGAAGUGAAAAGAAGAGGUCCAAGUUAUAUAAUAUCAAAACAACAACAAAUUACAAAUGGCGGACUGCAAUCGUAUCUGUCGACUCCAUGGAGGAUCUAGUGAUCACCAUAGAGGGCAUUUUGGGAAAUUCCUUUGUUGGAGUGGACAAUAUAUCUCUUCGUCCAGGAUUGUGUACAAAAUGUAUAUCUAAUCCCUGUAAAAAUGGCGGAACUUGUGAGGAAUUGAAUUCACCCACCGAAACUGGAUACGUAUGUACCUGUCCAGAAAGAUUUUCAGGGGAAAUAUGUGAAAUCGAUGUAUGUUUCAACCAUGAUUGCCAGAAUGGGGGUACAUGUGUAGCAGACAAGGACAAUAUACAAGGUUAUAAGUGCAACUGCGUAAUAGGUUAUGUCGGAGACAAAUGCGAAGGUCGUUCUUGUCGUUUUGAAGUUGAUAAUGACCCAGCUUGCUUCUUGGCUACAGACGAUGAUACAUCUUCUUGGUUUAGAAUAAUGGGAGCGACGCCUUCAAGUGGAACGGGUCCAUUAUAUGCAUAUGAGGGAUAUUACUAUUUUUAUUUCGAGGCUACUGAUUGUUCAAAGGGGGGACAUUAUUAUGUCUAUGAUGACAAUGUUGAAUUUGAGAACAAGACGUACUGCCUUAGUUUGGCUUACCAUAUGUAUGGAAGCGGUAUGGGAACAUUUUCAAUCUAUACAUACAACAAUGACCUCGGCUUUAAAGAACACUUUGCCGUCAGUGGAACACAAGGGAACGAAUGGCAUACUACUGACGUUAAUUUGCCACUUAAUAAAGACACUUGGAUUGCAAUUGCGGCAAUCAGAGGAAACACGUACCGGAGUGAUAUAGCAAUCGAUGACGUAAUUCUCAUGCCUCAACCAUGUUCACAAUGAUGCCAAAGAAGAAAAACUUUUUUAUCAAUUUAGAUUCUAUUUAUAUGACUUAUAACUAGAGAAUUAGCAUGUGUACUACUUCAACUAUUAUUUGUAACGCACCAUAUUAAAUGUGAUUUAAUUUUACUGAAUAACUUUAAGAUGGGCUUGAUGUAAAGGCGCGUAUUUAUUGUAUAUUUUCCAUUUUUAUGAAUAGAUUUUGCCAACAUUUGUUAUCGUUAGACUUUCAUCUCUUAUCCAUAGGCUUAUAAUUUGUUUGAUGUAACCUUCAUAUAUACUGGGCUAAAAACAAGGUAUGAUCGAGGUUUUUUUUAACUCUAAAUCUUACGAGACUACUUUUCGAAUUAUAUUCCUUUUUCAUAUUAAAUGAACAGAUUUUUCAGAAGUUAAUAAAUAUAUCUUUUUAUCAUAUAAACAAAUGACUAAGCAUGU